GCCCUGGUUCCCGCGACCUCAACGUCCCAGAGGCGGGGCGGAGUCGGCGGAGGCGCUCCUUGGGGCCGACCUCUGUUCCGGCCCAACAAACAAACCUCGACUCGGCGGAGGUUGAGGAUCCUGAGCAUGUGAAAUUGAGUAAAUCAUUCACCAACUAUCAUGGAGCCUACGUAUCCUCUCACAGGGACCCAGAUGAAUACCAGGUUUUCUUCAAGCAGGAUGGUGCCUUUCUAUUUUCCUCCAUCAAAAUGUGCACUUUGGAACCCAGUGCCAAUUGGAGAUUAUAUCUACUUACGUCUCAAUUACCACAGAAAUCCAAAGCUUGUGGUAACUGAAAAGACCAUCCGACUUGCUUGUCGUCAUGCUAAGCAGAAUAAAGAAAACUUGCCAUGCUUUUUACUUGGUUCUCUCACAGUAGAUGAAGAUGAAGAAAGUGUGACAUUGACAAUAGAUCGUUUUGAUCCUGGUCGAGAGGUACCUGAAUGCUUAGAAAGAACCCCUACUGCUUCUCUUCCUGGGGACUUUGUGAUCCCAUGCACAAUUCAUACUCAAGGACUUUGUUCAAGAGAAAUAAUAGUGCACAAUGCAGAUGACUUCAAUUCAGCUUUUAAGGCUCUGCAGCAUCAUGUGUGUAGCAAAGAUUCCUUGGAUUGUGGUAAACUGCUUUCCCUAAGAGCUCAUAUCACUUUCAGGGAGAGUUUGGACACUGUGGAUUUUGACUUGGAUUGGGCAGCAGUAACUCUAGCAAAUACCUUUAAAUGCACACCUGUGAAGCCCAUCCCCAUUAUUCCAACAGCUCUGGCAAGAAACUUGAGCAGUAAUCUGAAUAUUUCUCAAGUUCAAGGUACCUAUAAAUAUGGAUAUCUUACCAUGGAUGAGACACGCAAAUUGUUACUUUUGCUGGAAACUGAUCCCAAGAUUUAUUCUCUCCCAUUAGUGGGAAUCUGGCUGUCUGGAAUUAUACAUAUCUAUAGUCCUCAGGUGUGGGCUUGCUGCUUGCGAUAUAUGUUCAGUUCUUCUAUUCAAGAAAGGGUUUUUUCAGAAUCUGGAAAUUUCAUUAUAGUUCUCUAUUCUGUGACACAUAAGGAUCCUGAGUUUUAUGAAUGCCUCCCUUGUGAUGGCAGGUUACCUGACCUUCGAUUCCAGCUACUAACUAGUAAGGAAACAUUACAUCUUUUCAAAAAUCUACUUGCCAAUGCAGGGGACAUGGGCUCAAGCCCUGGUCCCAGAAGAUCGCACAUGCUGUGGAGCACUAAGCCCGUGUGCCACAACUACUGAGCCUGUGCUCUAGACACCGUGAGCCACAACUACUGAGCCCACGUGACGCGGCUACUGAAGCCCACGUGCCUAGAGCCCAUGCUCCACAACAAGAGAAGCCACCGCAAUGAGAAGCCCGUGCACUGCAACAAAGAGUAGCCCCUGCUCGCUGCAACUAGCGAAAGACCACGCACAGCAACGAAGACCCAACG